AUGCCAACUAUGAAAGCGAGACGUAUACUUACCCCACUCGGUCUCAACUCUGAAAAAGACCCACAUCCAUCGCCUGGCAACUUCCAAAAACAUGAGCAGGAAGAUGCCACUUUCGACGUGGUUGAUCUUUUCCAGUCGCUGCGAGAGGCGGCACACCCAGGUGAAACGCAGAAUGAGAUCGAUGAUGAUCGCGCCGUAGUACAGUCCAUUGUUGUAAAACGCUCGGUGUCGUCGCAGCCCAAACGGAUAAUCCCGACGGUUGCUGCUCGGAGAGAACAAGGUCAGGUCCCAAUCCUUAGCGACGUCCCAGUAGAAGGAGUAGGCCGAGUUAAUGAAACAAGACAAAACCCUGGAGGGAAUUUUAAGUCAAUCAUACCAAAGUCGCGACACGGCCACCUCGCUGAGCCCAUGAGUCUUGAGGGGGCUGUAAUUCCGCUCCAAGGCUGUGAAGAGGAUAACAGGGAAAGCUGUCGCAUAUUUCAGAGCGUUGGCCAGAUGUUGUCCUCCCCAGCCAUCACCGCGAAGCGGGGCCCGUCGUACGCGGAUAUACUCAAUCAGACAUUGCCUCAGUCGGAUGGCACUCGGAAUGGCAAUAAUCAAGGGCACCGCCAGCUCUCCUCCACAAGUCCGGUCUGGCUUGCCUGUACUCGAGCUCGUGAGGGCAUCGGCAAGAAGAAUAUCCCCAAACUUCCCAUCUUGCGUCUCUGCCAGUCCACCAAGACUGAUACGCCUCAACACCUGCAGGAAUCUGUGUCGUCCGGAACGAGACAGACGGUGAAAGGGUAG